CUCUUUACAGUGCCAUUACCCACACUAAGUUCACACACUUAACUAACUCCCUCCCUCUCUCUCUCUCUCUCUCUCGACAGCAACGGUCUCCAACUGCAGAUUCCCUCUAUUUUCUUGCCCACUUUCCUUCAUUUUCUUACCAUCCAAACAUGCACUCCACCGCCUUAAAAACACUUCCUCCUCCUCCAUUUUCUUCCUUUUCAAGAAUCUCAAUAUUCAGAAAUCCCAACCCUAGCUCGAUUCAAUACUCAAAGCACAAAAAGGAGAAGCAAAGAGAAUCAAUCUCAAAAUCCAUCAAAUGUAUUUGCGUCUCCGAUUCGAACAUCAAUUCUUACUAUUUUCAUCCAUUGAAACCAGUCAAUCCUAGCUCCUCUGUUUCAGACAAGGUUCGAAGUCUAGUCUCGGAAUUCGAGUCUCUGUCGGAGCCGAUUGAUCGGGUGAAGCGGCUACUACACUACGCGGAUCUUCUUCCUCCGCUGGACGAAUCGGGUCGGGUUCAAUCGAACCGUAUCACGGGGUGUACGGUCCAAGUGUGGUUGGAGGCGAAGAUGCUUGGGAACGGGACGAUGAGGUUCGGAGCCGAUAGCGAUUCCGAGAUUGCGAAGGGGUUCUGUUCGUGCUUGGUUUGGAUGAUGGACGGGGCGGCGCCGGAGGAGGUGUUGGAGGUGAAGACGGAGGAUUUGGCGGAGCUGAAUAUGGGGUUGAGUGGCAGAGCUCAUUCCAGGGUGAACACUUGGAAUAGUAUUUUGAUUGGUAUGCAGAAGAGGACCAAAGCUCUGGUUGAGGAGAGACAAGGCAAGGUCUUGAAAGUUUAAGGAACUUGUGAAUGUAGGAGUGUUUGAUUUUAGACACAUGAAGUUGUGGCUUCUAAUGGACAAUAAAGUUGGGUACCCGAUUUCGGAAACAACCGCGUCACUUCCUUAGUCAUUGUCGCGAUGACUUCUUCAAAAGCAGCAGGUCCCCACAUGCUGCUUCAAAGAAUUAAAGACGUCAAAGGGGUCAAUUUCAGUUGUCUUGUGAGGAAAUUCUUCCACUUAACCCCUUUUUUUUUUUUUUUUGUACAAACUAGAAACAGUUGUAUUUUGGACAAGAUUAUACAUGUGUAUUGUCAGAAAGACUUAAUAGUCCCUCACUGUGUGGUUCUCUUGUCGGAUUUGGACAGUAUAAAAGGAGUCCUGCCCCACAGAUGAUAUUGGUUUCAAAUUCUAUCUCAUGACAGAACUCAAGAUUGGCUCCAAAAUAAUAUGGCUGGCCAGGAUUGGUGUUAAAAAGAAUUACUACCAUAACUUGAUAUAAUACAAAUAAUGCUUUGAAGAUCAUUCUAGCAGCCAUAGGAAUGUUCACAUACAUUCUCCAUUCCACCUGUAUGGUAUUUGUGUAAAAAGUUUAGAUUAAUGGUGACAUGUAUAGAUUAGACUGUUAAAAGCUCGAGAAUAUUGGUGAAUGUGAUGGAUUAAGCCACUAAUCUGGUGGGAUUUAAUUGUAAUACUACCUAGCAACAGAAUAUUUGUGUAAUCAAGUAAAAUUGUCGAGGAUUAAGUGAGGAAUCAGCUGAGUGUCAAUCGAAUAUGUACAUGAACUGAUUGAUUGUAUCUGUAUCGUACAAGUGGAAAUUUGAUUUUUCAAGGUCUCCUUUAUGGGGAAGUUUGUAGAACCACUAGCAAUAUGCUGCUAUAGCUGUGAAUUCUGCUUUAAAGGUCUGAAUCUGGUUGCAUGUUAAAUGUACU